AUGGAGGAACUUUUCCCCCAGGAAGAUGGAGGAACUUUUCCCCCAAGAAGAUGGAGGAGCGCUCCCCAGCAAGGUGAAAGGGCGGGCGCGGGGCGGCGGCGGGCGCGGGGCGGCGGCGGGCGCGGGGCGGCGGCGGGCGCGGGGCGGCGGCGGGCGCGGGGCGGCGGCGGGCGCGGGGCGGCGGCGGGACGGCGGCGGGGCGGCGGCGGGGCGGCGGCGGGACGGCGGCGGGACGGCGGCGGGACGGCGGCGGGACGGCGGCGGGACGGCGGCGCGGCGGCGGCGGGACGGCGGCGGGACGGCGGCGGCGGCGGCGCGGCGGCGGCGGCGGGGCGGCGGCGCGGCGGCGGGCGGGCGGGCGGGCGGGCGGGCGGGCGGGAAGUAUUGGCGGUUUCUGAUCUGACUGCAGGAUCACGAGUGUGA